GAGAGAGGGAGAUAGAUAAAGAGAGAGAGAGAGAAAUUUUAGUGCACAUGGAGUUAUGGUAUUUUUGCGAGAGCCUUUUCCUUUCAUCUCCGUGGAUAUGAACCUCAAGUGGAUUUUGUUUUCUCAGAUUCCUAGUGGAUUUCCCUGUUAUUCCUCCCUGGAUCUAAACAGCUGUUGAAGUCGUGAAGACCAAACCAUGCCUCCACUUCAUUGAAACUUCAACAUGGGCCCUUGACUGGGUUCCCUGACUGGAUUUUAUUUUAUCUCUAUUUUACCAAGUGGUCCCAUUGAGAUCAAAAUACUUAAUUUUCAAGGGAGACCUGGCCAUUAAGGAUGGUGCUAUGUUGCACCUCCACUGAUCACCACCACUGCAUGCUCUACAGUGAAGAUUCCUCCAUGUGCUGUCUAUACUGACAUCCCUACUCAUGGAUAGCCACUGGCAGGCUUCUGGACAUCAGAACAGCGAUCACUAACCUCAAUUUGGAUGACGAUUUCAACGAGUCGGCAGCUCUGGACGUUCUGCUUACUCCCGAUCAGGCCCUAAUCCCUGGGACUCAAAAUACAAAGUAACGGCGCAAGAGAGGCAAACGAAGCGGCAUCCUGACGCUGGCUAGCAAAUAAACCGCCUCUACCCUCAAUUCUAUUGGCGAAUGUAAAAUCACUAGAGAACAAACUGGACGAGCUCCGCUCGAGACUACUAUCAACGGGACCUGAAGAUCUGAAACAUUCUCUGUUUAUCAGAGUCGUGGCUGAACAUGGAUAAUAUACAUCUCGCUGGCUUUUCCAUACGUCAUCUAGACCGGACGGCAGCCUCAGCCUGAGUGAUCCAUCAGCCUAGCUGGAGAACAAACAACAUCUGGGUGUAGAGAGAGAGAGGAGAGGGACAAGGCUCAGCAGACACAUAGCCAGAUGGUGUCACUCCAACAACACUACUCCAGCAUGGAGGAGAUGGUGAGGACCCUGCUACAGAACCAGGACACACUGGAGGGCCCCAGUGUGGAUCCAUUAGACCUCAUGAAGGCCUACAAGGACAAACUCCUGGAGGAGAUGUGGAAACAGCAGGACAGUCUGGAGGGCCCACUGCCCCCCUCGAAAGAAAGGGGGCCCAACUCUCCAGGAGCCAUCAGUAGGGGACACGGGGAGGACUACGACGAGACCAAACCCAUUCUAGAGCGUCUGCGGGCCCUUGAGGUGGAGAACUCUGCCUUGACAAAGGAGAACGACAACCAGAGGAAGCAGUAUGAACGCUGUCUGGAUGAGGUGGCUAAUCAGGUGGUCCAAGCUCUCCUCACUCAAAAGGACCUGAAGGAGGAGUGUGUGAAGCUGAGGACACGCGUGUUUGACUUGGAGCAGCAGAACCGCAUACUGAACGUUCUGUUCCAGCAGUGGGUCAAAACAUCCACCGACCCUAUCUCUCAGGAAGUCCAGCGGAAUGGGAAGGCAAGUGUUCCUGCAGGGAGGUGGCCCAGCCUGCUUAGUCUAACCUGUCCACGCAGUAGCUGCAGUGGCAGUGAGGCCUCAUUAUCCAGCGCCUCGACUGAGUACUCCAGUGGCUCACAUACUUGGGCAGAAGGACGUCGCUCCUCCAAGCAGUCUGUGAAAAGCCGGGAGAAGAGGAUGAGCGCAGGUUCAGUGUCCAGCAAUCAGUCUGUCCCAGCAGAGCAGCCCGAUCUAAGUUGGAAGGAGGGCCACAUUCUGAAAGGCCUGAAGAGGCUCCAAAUGCGCAGCCCAGCUCCCAAGGAGACAGCUUCACUCGCCUCCACGUCACAUUUCAAGGACUGCAUGACCUCCAAUGAGGGCAUAUACUCGUUAGGGGUUAAGGGUGGGCCCCAGGGGGUAGUGCCUAAAUUGGCAUUGGCAAAGGGAAAUUAUUUUAAGCGAGCAGCAGGAGUCAGUACCUUAAUCGCUGACUCAGACGAUGCAGAGGAUGAAUUGCCUCAAUCACCAGCCAGGGAGUCCUGCGCCCAACCCAUUAAAGAGACUCUCCAUCUGGAAGGAGAGCCUGCGUCUGAAUUGGGAACGGCACAAGGGGGAAAGAGCUCUACGGUCUACAACUCCCAAGAGGAGCCUGUAAGACUCGUAAUUCCCAGCAACUCCUUCUCACCUAUCAAAGAUGUCUUCUUGCUCGAGGGUCCCACACUGAAGCCUGGACUCAGCCCAACGGAGAGCCCUAACUUUAUGAGUGGACUUCAAAAUAAAGACAAGCUAGUAGAAACUACAAGACAUAGUUACAAUUUGAGGCCAGAGAGCGUUAAACAGCCACAAAACAAAGUUACGGUCAAACAUCUAGAGGCACGGGCUAGGGAAGUGAGCCUACCCAUUCAGUAUGCAGCAGCCAGAGCUCUGAGUUGGGUUAGUGAGGCCAGACAGCGCAGUGCUUCCAUGGAUACGAAGCAGUACAGAGAGCCGAGCAGCCAGGGUGGAGUUGAUACCAAGGACUACACCAUUUUGCAGUCCCGACAGAGAAAAACAAAGCCUACGGCUUGCGACUCAGCAAGGAAGGCCUUUAUCCUCCGACGCAAGAGUGCAGAUGGAGGUCCAGACCAGGCCAAGCUACACCAGCCCCUACAUCAGAAACUUAUCAAAGUCAAUCAAAGGGCCAAGAACCGCUCAAACCCUCCUGGGCCCAGUGGCCCUCGCACAAUGAUUAACCUCAGCAAGGCACCAGGUCCAGCUAAGGUAUCAGUACAAAUGACUGAGAAAGGUGAGACUGCUAGUGGGGCAAGAACUUCAGGGCCCCUUGAGAAUACAAUACAUCGCUCCCCUUCUUCCUCCCCUCAGAAACUGGUCAAAGUUUUUGAGCCACCUGUGCUGAAUGAUUGCCCCAAGAGCACAUCUAAAGUAUUCCAACCAGUUUCCAAAAUCCCAUCAAGAAAUGACUGUGGGGUAAAAGGCCCCAACUCCAACAAUUCAGCUUGCUCUCCACUUAAACAGAGGCAGCAAGACCAGCACUCGGAUUCCUCUCGCAAUGAUAUCAGGUCUCCUUCACCUCCACUCCCACCAGGUCGGACCACCUCCCUACUUAUUCGACCUGGUUAUGGCUCCUUACCUCAGGCGCAUAAGCCUGUGGUUAUGCUCCAAACCUCUAGCACAGUAAAGGCAACUGCCCGUAGCACCAAACCUCCGUCAAGUCAUCAGUCAUCUGUUUUACAAAUGCAACCUCUAGCCCCCAACAAAAUGCAAGACACUCAUCAUAUGGCUCCCAAAAUGGGUAUUGAGGUGAAAAAGCUACCAAAAUGGGUCCCUGCCAAAGUCUACCAUCCUUUACCAACUUCGACCACUCUUCAAGAAUCCAAGGAAACGGACUCUUCCCAAUCCUCAAUGAACAGGACUGUGGCACAAGCCUCCCAUCAGGAAAAUAGUGUUCCAUUUGUGGUGCAAAAUCAGGACAGUUUAUCUGUGUCCCAGCAAGGCAGUGGUGAGCCACAAAGUACAGAGCUCUUACCUCAGGCCUCAGCAUCUCUACUUUGCCAUGACAUAGUUAGUAUCUCUCAACAUUCUGUGACCAGGGCAGUAAAUGCAUCCCUUCCUGUUGGCUCCAAAACCAAUGAGACAACCCCAAAGCUGGGCAACAACUUUGCAGUUAACACUGCUAUAAAGGGAGUGCAGACUUUUGACACCUUCAACCAGGACACGUACAGACAUCCAAUGAUGCACUGUGUCAAUGCAGCUGUAGCCAAGGCCAAAGCCAGGAGAAAGCUUGAGACCCACUGUAGCUCACUAGAGGAGGCUGCACUCCCACCUCCAGUGGCAGAGAAUGGUGCAACUUUGGACUGGGGAUUUGAUGAAGAGAGCUGGCUAUUCAAGCGCUCGGUCUCAGUCUCGACCCGACCUCCUCUCCACCCGGUUAUGGGCAUGAAUGGAGCAAAGGCUCGCAGUCAAAGCUUUGGCGCACGCUAUAUGGACAGACCGAACAUCAGCAGGUCUGGAAAUGUUCGUAGUCACAUCAAAACUAACUCAGGAAGCUCUUUGAAUUCUCUUGGUGAUGUAUUCCGGGGUAGUAUGAGUUGCUCCAAUAGCUACAAUUGUUCAAGGAACAAAUCCCACAACAAUUUCAUGAUUGAGGAAGGCUUGCCAAUACCUCUGCAUCUGGAGGCCUCCAGUGAUCGAUUUGGUCUCAAACACCAGAGAGUAAACUCAUGUUCACAUCUCCGGACUGAGAAACAGUCCCCUAGCACCUUCUAUGAAUGUAUCCAAGGGGAACCAGAGAGACAGUCAAACAUCUCCACCAUCGAGGAGAAGGUCAUGAUGGGAAUCGAGGAGAAUUUGCAGAAAUCUCAGCAGAAGGAGAAGACAACUAAAACUAAGCAGAAAUCCGGUUCACUGUCAAACUGGUUUGGAUUCCGCAAGAGCAAGCUCCCUGCUCCGAUUGGUAAAAAAGGAGAUUCUUCAAGGGGAAAGGAGGAGAGGAAGGAACCUAAGCUUGGAUCUCUCUUGGGUGGGAAGCAGGCAAAGUUCGACAAAAAGAAGGAAGGGAGGAAAAGUGAAGGUCAUCAAAUGGAUGGCUCGGUUGGGAAAAGAGACUCCCAAGAUACAUUGCUCGUCUGCCUUUCGAUGGCCUCCCUGGGAGCCCCAGGUAACAGCAACAUACAAGGACAAACCGACAUCAGUGGGGACACAAAGACAAAGAUACAGAGGAUGAACCUCAGGACUGAUAAUGACAACAGAGUUGCUUUGAAGAGCCCCAGUGAAGAUCACUUUAUCGGCUCCGGCUGCAAGAUGCGAACGUUGGACAGCGGCAUUGGAACAUUCCCCCUCCUCGAUUCCUCCUCCCUCUUCUCCUCCAUCCUCCACCUCCUUCCCAAGUCCACAUCGGCCCAAAACUCCCUCAGUCCUCCCAGUGCUCCCAGUUCCUCUAGUGAGGAGGUGUCACCCUCCCCAUUACCCCGGUGGAGAGUACCGUCUGGCUCAAAAGACCAUCUCUGCAGCCAACCAGGCCUGGACAACUCCUCGUUAUCCGACACCACUGUGACCCUUGUCCAAUCAGUGCCUUAUCCCACUUUGGCCUUCCUUCAGCCUGUCCAAUCCCUGUCUGAGCCCCUUGUGACCUGUGCCAGUGUGUGUGAUACCCAGAGCAAGCUGCCCAGACGAGCCUCAGGCUCCGGCUGCAAGAUGCGAACGUUGGACAGCGGCAUUGGAACAUUCCCCCUCCUCGAUUCCUCCUCCCUCUUCUCCUCCAUCCUCCACCUCCUUCCCAAGUCCACAUCGGCCCAAAACUCCCUCAGUCCUCCGAGUGCUCCCAGUUCCUCUAGUGAGGAGGUGUCACCCUCCCCAUUACCCCGGUGGAGAGUACCAUCUGGCUCAAAAGACCAUCUCUGCAGCCAACCAGGCCUGGACAACUCCUCGUUAUCCGACACCACUGUGACCCUUGUCCAAUCAGUGCCUUAUCCCACUUUGGCCUUCCUUCAGCCUGUCCAAUCCCUGUCUGAGCCCCUUGUGACCUGUGCCAGUGUGUGUGAUACCCAGAGCAAGCUGCCCAGACUAGCUUCAGCAGUUAGAAUGACAUGAUCAUGAAGACUGACAAGGACAACUGCUAAGAAACCAUCAGCAAAUAAAUUCUGGAACGAAAUGAGCAGCAUCGAGGGGAGAGAGAUAGCGAGAGAGAGGGCAAUCAGCAGGCAUGUAACCUACAGGGAGAUGCAUGAUUACAAUGGCUCAUGGUCAAACAGAAGCACUAUACCUACCUUUAGGAAUAGAACUGCCCGUGAAAACAUGUUAUGUCAACAUAUGAAGGGCUAGAAGCCUGAAAGUUGCCCAUUUCCUUCUGAUGAGUUUCUGUCCACAGGCCCCGAAGUGUUAAAAUCUGUAAACUAUUGAUUUACAGUCACAGGCAAUUAUAAUCGUCCUUGGACUUGGUUUGCUGUACUUGACACACAUUAGCCUCUUCAGUAGCUUUACCAGUUAGCUCACACGUAGGUACUGUGCUGUAAUUUCUAAUGGCUCCUUAUCUUGUCAACUUAAUUGUAGACGGAUGGCGUGGGAAGAACGCCACAAUGACCUUCUCUCAUUCGGAAGUUUUAUGAAAGAGAUAGUUUACCCAAUUUACAAAAUAUUGAUUUCCUUACCCUGUCCCUCUUUGGACAAGGUAAGACAGAAUUCAUGCCUUGGUUCAUGCCUUGGUUUUACUUACAGGAUAAAGUAAAGAAUAUGUAAUUUAGUGAUUUGGGUGAACUAUCUCUUUAACAGUUAGCAAAACAAUACAGACUGACUUGCUAGGUUCUGUGCUGGGCAAUAUGCGGUUGGGUUGUUUCGGAACAAAACCGAUGCGUGCUCAACUUUGGGGCAAUGCAAUUAUAAACUCCAAAGGAUUAUUGAAAACGUGAAAGAUAUUUAGUCUCCGAAUGUUUAUUGAAAACAUACUUUUGCCCAAUAAGCACUUGUUGUUUUCUCUCAAAUAGAUAAUUAAAGAUAUUGGGUAGCUAGCUAGCGAAUUUCUGCCCUAUUAGCAUAGACAUACAGAAAGUCAAGCACCUCAAAACAAGACAUGGUAUCAAGAACAAGAUACAACUAGCUGAAACAAACCAUAUACGAUUCCCCACAUGGCAGCUUUUUGUCAAUGUUGCUAGCUAUCUGACCAUUCAGAAUAAUUACAACUCAUGGUCUUCUGCCCCAUCAAUGCGCAGGCAUAAUUUUGACGUUGUCAGGCAACCUGUCUAUAUGUACUGUCAACUGACACACAAAAUCAGUGUGCAACAAACAUAACUUCAAGGACGUCUGACUGGCUAAUACGCUAUCAAUCACAGAAGUACAGUAGAGGCAGGAUCUCCACUCAUAACUGUGUCGUUCCACCUCAAAAAUCACAAGAAAGAAGAUUGACAUCCACCAUCUCAGAUUGUUCUGAACUCGGUUCUGUAGUUAGUGACAGAUUCCAUUAGCGUUCCUGAAACAUUAUUUUGUUGAAAUAUAAUUUGAUCUCUGAGAAAUUCAGCUAAUUGAUUGCACACAAUUGGGCAUUUUAAUUGACAGGAUUCUGAUAAUAUUCAAUAAAUACAGUACCCAACAUCCGAUAUGGACCAAACAUGGGAUGACUCAACUGUAUGUCACAACGUUGAAUAGAUUCACCCUAAAACCGCAUGAACAAGUAUAUUAAAAAGCACGUUAGCUUUGUAUAUAACAAGCACUUUUAAUUACUUUUUACACAUUACUGAACUCUUGUAUGUACAGUAUACCUAUGAACUCAGUUAUACAUAAGCGCAACAUGAAUAUUGCUAUGCAGUCAGCUCAGGGAAAUGCCAUUAAUCAUUUAGGAAAUACUUAAUGGAUGGCUAUAUGGAAGUUAUAAGCAGGUUUCCAAUUUAACCUCAACACAUGAUUUUUGUAUAAUUUAAUGUAUAUUUACAGUGCCUUCAGAAAGUAUUCACACCCUUUAUCUUUUCCCACAUUUUUGUUGUUUAUUUUUCAAUUUAUUUAACCUGGCAAGUCUGUUAAAAACAAAUUCUUAUUUACAAUGAUGGCCUACCCCAGCCAAACCCUCCCCUAACCCAGACAAUGCUGGGCCAAUUGUGCGCUGCCUUAUGAGACUCCCAAUCACGGACGGUUGUGAUACAGCCCAGGAUCGAACCCAGGUCUAUAGUGACGCUUCUAGAACCCUGCGCCACUCAGGAUCCAUGUUUUACAGCCUGAGAUUAAAAUGGAUUGAAUAUAGAUUUUUUUUGUCACUUGCCUACACACAAUAACCCAUAAUUUCAAAGUAGAAUUAUGUUUUUCAAUUUUUUUACAAAUGAAUAAAAAAUGUAUAGCUGAAAUAUAUUCAACCCCUUUGUUAUGAUAAGCCUAAAUACGUUUUGUGGUACAAAUUUGCUAAGCAUGUCACAUAAUAAGUUGCAUGGACUGAUUGUGUCACGUUCUGACCUUUAUUUUCUGUGUUUUGUGUUUAGUUAGUAUGGUCAGGGCGUGAGUUGGGUGGGCAGUCUAUGUUUGUUUGUCUAGGUUUUGAGAAUCAUACUUAGGUGGCCUGGGUUUCACUGUGUGUUUGUGGGUGAUUGUUUCCUGUCUCUGUGUGUGCACCAGAUAGGACUGUAAUUUGAGUUUUCACAUUUUUUGUUUUGUUAGUUUGUUCAUGUGUACCUGAUAGCAUUAAAAAGUACCAUGGAAAAUUA